AGGUGUGGAUGAUGUUGAAGUGAAGGAGGUUUCCUGAAGCUGCAUUCAGUCGAUGAUCAUGAGACGUUCAGACACUGUGGACUUUUAGACAAAGUACUCGUGUUGCACAGAUGCAUCUAUGGAGAAAUGACAUGCAUUAUUACCUGGACCAAGAAAUGGAAAUGUUAACCAUCACAGACAUGAGGACUAUGAAUCUGAACUCUGAACAUCCGUCUUGGUGAAGCUCUUCUCUCAGCACGAUUGCCAUCGGUGUAAAACUGGACGUCAUUUGAACAGGAUUUUGAGAGUAAAGUUUCAUAAAAACACUUGUACAUUCAUGACUGCGAUACAGGUCUCACUUCCUCUUGAUGAUCGAGAGAGAAUAUCUUUACAGAAAGUGCAUCACGAGCUCCAGUCGCAACAUAUUAAAUAUAUUUGAUUGUCCUUGAAGAUGUCCAUCAGUGUUCUGGCUCUUGUCUUGGGUUUCGUCAGUGUGCAACAGG